AUGGCAUCGGCCAGUGCAACCCCUCCGGGCUCUUUGGAGGUGAACCAGCCGGGCUUCCCCAAGGAGAUUCUGGGCACUGAGCUGGUGGUCAAGUACCUGUGUUCAGAGUGCCGGAACAUUUUGCGGCGGCCAUUCCAAGCCCAGUGUGGCCAUCGCUACUGCUCCUUUUGCUUGAAGAAAAUCCUCAGCUCAGGGCCCCAGAAGUGUGCAGCCUGCCUUCAAGAGGGGUUGUAUGAAGAAGGCGCCUCCAUCUUGGAAGCAGGGGUGGCUUUCCCAGAUAACGCAGCUCGGCGGGAAGUGGAGAGCCUGCCGGCCAUCUGUCCCCACCAAGGUUGCACGUGGAGAGGCACCAUCAAAGAAUAUGAGAGCUGCCACGAGGGGAGCUGCCCGGCCAUGUUGGUGGCCUGUCCUGCGUGUCACGACCUGGUCAGGCUGGGCGAGAAGGAGCAGCACGUGGAGCAGGAGUGUCCCGAGAGGAGCCUCAGCUGCGAACACUGCCAAGCUCCUUUCCACUUCUCUGAGAGCAAGGCCCACGAGGCGGUGUGCCCCAAACACCCCCUGGCUUGCGAGGGCUGCGGAAAGAAGAUGAUCCCCCGGGAGAAGUUCCUGGAACACGUCAAGAGCUGCAGCAAAUCUAGAGCCCCCUGCAGAUUCCAGCCGGUCGGCUGCACCCACCUGAUGGAGAACGAGAAGCUCCCCGAGCACGAGAGGAGCCACCUGGGCGAGCACCUCUACAUGCUGCUGAGCUUCGUGCUGAGCUUGGGCUCCGCGUCCAGCAAGCUGGAGCCCCUGCUGAACCGCCUCUCGGCGGAGGCCGGCUGCGUCCUGGCAGGGGCCAGGCCCCUGGUUCCGGAGGCGGAGCUGCCCAGCUCCCUAGAGCUGCUGGGGAAAUGCGAGGCCCUGGAGAGGAAGACGGUCACGUUCGAGAACAUUGUCUGCGUGCUGAACCGGGAGGUGGAGAAGGUGUCGCUCGUGGCCGAGGCCGCCAACCGCCAGCACCAGCUCGACCAGGAGAAGAUCGAGGCCCUCAGCGCUAAGGUGCGGCAGCUGGAGAGGAGCAUCGCCUUGAAGGACCUGGCCCUGGCCGAGAUGGAGCACACCAUCCAGGAGAUGGAGGCGGCCUCCUACGACGGCAUCUUCAUCUGGAAGAUUUCGGACUUUGCCAGGAAGCGGCAGGAGGCAGUGGCGGGGCGCUCUCCGGCCAUCUUCUCCCCAGCCUUCUACACCAGCAAGUACGGCUACAAGAUGUGCCUGCGGAUCUACCUCAAUGGGGACGGCACCGGGCGUGGCAGCCACCUGUCGCUCUUCUUCGUGGUAAUGAAAGGGCCUAACGACUCCCUGCUGCGCUGGCCUUUCAAUCAGAAGGUCACCCUGAUGCUGCUGGACCAGAAUAACCGCGAACAUGUCAUUGACGCCUUCCGGCCUGACGUGACCUCCAACUCCUUCCAGCGGCCCAUCAGCGACAUGAACAUUGCCAGUGGCUGCCCCCUCUUCUGCCCCAUCUCCAAGAUGGAGGCCAAGAACUCCUACGUGCGCGACGACUCCCUCUUCAUUAAAGCCAUAGUAGACCUCACGGGCCUUUAACGCCUUGCCCACUAGGGGUCUCGGAGCAUGGGGCUGCCCUGGGCAACGAGGGUCUGGCGGACCUCCUUUUAGCCUUGGACGGCCCCCUGGCCUUGGGGAGCGGCUGGGAGGCCCAGGUGGGCCCCGAAGGUCCCUCUGCAGCUCCUCCCCUGCCUUGGAUUGCUGUUGGAGGAACGGGAGGGGUGGCCGCUGCCCAGGCCACAAAAGGGAUGGAGAGUGGCUGGGCGCCCAAAGGAAGAGCCAGCAGCUGCUGGGGGCAGUCUGGCCAGGGACUUUUAGGGGCUGCUGACUGUGUCCACUCCCAGGCAAUCCCCCUGCCAAUCCCAUUCUCUGGGCAGCGGCCGGGAAAGUCGCUCCAGCAGAGGUGGAGGAAGGACGGAAGGGUUCACAGGCAGAGGGGAGCUGGGGGGGGGAGGGGGAGUCUUCCUCCGGUGUUCCCAUCAAGAGAGACCUGGGAAAUUGCUCCACCCCCUUCUUCUCCACUGGAGGGGGGAGGGGGCACUCUGAGGAGGUCUCGCAGGAGCGAUCAGAGUGGAUUUGGAUUGUCCUGCUGAAACGUUCUUCCCCGGGCAAGUGAGAAAGCCGAAUAAAACAUUAUAGAGGCGA